CUGACGGUUUCCGGUAGCGGCGUCUGAGAGGGUGGGGGAGAAGAGGUGGCGGUUCCGUGACCCUUAGCCCCCAGCGACCCCGCACCCCUACAGACGCCGGAAGAUGAUGGUCUAUAACGGGUCACAGCUGGAGUCGGUGGAAGGGGGAGAGGCCGUGGCGGUCCCAGGGCCACCCCCAGAACCCCGCGCUCCCGAGCCUGGAGCCCCGGUGCCGGAGCCCGGCCUGGACCUGAGCCUGAGCCUGAGCCCACGGACCGAGAGUCCCGGACGCGGACGGCCCAACUGCAGCCCGGGACGGCGGAAGGGGCGGGCGGACCGGCGGGGCGGGGCCCGCAAGGGGCGGCAGGUCCGCUUCCUCCUGGCGCCGCCUUCCCCGGUCCGGUCCGAGCCGCCGCCGGCCGCCGCCUCAUCGAGCGAGAAGCCCGAGGCGCCACAGGACUUGGGGGCGCCGGUGCAGCAGAGUAGCCUGGCCCUGAGCCUCGAGCUGCAGGCCGCGAGGGCCGCAGCCGGGGGCCAGUUCGAUGCCGCGAAGGCCGUGGAAGAACAGCUGAGAAAGUCAUUCCAGACCCGCUGCGGCCUGGAGGAGAGCGUGACCGAGGGGCUGAACGUGCCGCGCUCCAAGCGGCUCUUCCGAGAUCUGGUGAGUCUGCAGGUGCCGGAGGAACAGGUUCUGAACGCCGCGCUGAGGGAGAAACUGGCGCUCCUGCCGCCGCAGGCCCGAGCCCCACCUCCAAAGGAGCCACCUGGCCCAGGGCCAGACAUGACCAUAUUGUGUGAUCCGGAAACAUUAUUUUAUGAAUCUCCACACCUGACCCUGGAAGGUCUGCCCCCGCUCCGGCUUCAACUCCGGCCCCGCCCUUCAGAAGAUACCUUCCUUAUGCAUCGGACACUGAGGCGAUGGGAAGCGUAGACCGGGGCGGGGGGGGGGGGGGGGGGGGCGGGGCUCCCUGGAUUGCUAGUUCGUAUUUUUUGGUGUUUAAACUAUUUAUCAGAAUAAAGUGGUUUUGCUAAUAAAUGGGACUCUCUUUGGGAGCCUUAACAUGGGGUCAAGACUCAGGUUGGAAGCUGUCAGAAAGUCGUUUUGGCCCCCUUUUAAAGAAACUUGGUAGUGAUGAGAAGAAGAGCAGGCAGGUUCUUGCUAAGUCGUGUCCGACUUUGGUCCUAAAAGUGCCUUCCCCUGGUUCCACCUUCAACUCCAUGGUUAACUCUUCCAAAGUCAGCCUGUGCCCAAAGCUUCCACAAAACAAAUUUUGUCAGUGGGUUUUUUGGGGGAAGGUAGAUGGCUUCUUCAAAA